AUGGCUUCCUCAUCAAUCUCCGACUUCUCAUCUCCAUCAGUUGCCCAUGUUACCAUUGGACCGAGGGUGGAGGUCGAAGAUGUCGACUUUGAGAUUAAGCCAUCACUUAUCACUAUGGUGCAAGCAAGUACAUUUAGUGGGAAGCCACAUGAAGAUGCAAAUGCACAUCUCCAACACUUUUUGGAAGUGUGUAGCACUAUUGCCAUCAGAGGGGUAACGGCCGACGCCAUCCGCCUUCACCUAUUCCCAUUCUCAUUGUUUGGGAAGGCAAAGCAAUGGUUUUUCGCUCAACCCGAUGAUGUCAACACCUGGAGAAGAUGUGCCAAUGCAUUUCUCAAGAAAUUCUUCCCAAUGGGCAAGACAUCUGCUCUGAGGGCAAAGAUUUCAAGCUUCCAACAGAAGGCAGACGAGACUAUUCCCGAAGCAUGGGAACGUCUCCAGGAGUACAUUCAAGAGUGUCCACAUCAUGGAAUUAAAGAGUGGCUCCUGAUUCAAGGUUUCUACCAUGGGCUGACUCCAGUAGCUCGUAGCCACCUUGAUGCCGCCGCAAGAGGAGCGUUUACCUCCCUCAAUGUCACUCAAGCUAAAACUCUCAUUGAGAACAUAGUGACAAAUCAAACAUGGAGAGAAGAACGCCCUCAACUCAAGAAGAGAAGCACGAAAACCAUUGAAGAGGUAAAUGAAAUAUCUCACAAGAUGGAGUUCUUGUUGAAGAAGUUGGAUGAACGAGCCAAGGUAAAGAAAGAUCGAGAGGCCAUCCAACAAUAUGCCACUGCACGUGCGAACCAACGGAGCAGGGUGCAAAAUGCAAGCCAUGAAGCUGUGCAAUCCUUCAACAAUGGACGACCAACUUCGCGCUUCCAGGGCCAAGGUAACUCUAGUAACUCUAACUGGCUUUCACUUAAAGAACUUGUCAUUAAUCAAGCUAAAAUCAAUGAAAGCAUGAACAAAAGAUUGUUAGCUAAUGACAAGACUCUUGAAUCAUUAACUGCUAAAAUGGAUUCCCUUGUUUCUUCUGUUAAGGACCAAUUAAACUUUAAUAAAAUUUUAGAGUCUCAAAUAGCACAAAUUGCUGCUACUGUUCCUUCUUCUGUAAAUUCUUGCAAUAUCUUUAAUGUGACCACGAAAGGGGGUAAGACCACUCGUGAUCCACCAUAUCCUGACAUGACAAAAAAGACUGCAAGAAAAGAUAAGGAAGUUGAGGAAGACAAGGAAGAAGCACCAUCUAAGCAGGAAAACACCAAGUUCUAUGGAAAGACAGCUCCGCACGAGUUCUACGACACCAACAUUCUGCUGCCAUUUCCAAGAACAAGGAAGCCAACCACCGAUGAACAAUUCGGGAAGUUUGUUGAGGUAAUUCGGCAAUUAUAUGUCAAUAUUCCACUACUUGAUGCAAUGCAGGUUCCAACCUAUGCCAAGUAUUUGAGAGACAUCCUCAACAACAAACGCCCGCUGCCUACAACUGAGGUGAUUAAGCUAACAGAAGAAUGCAGCGCGGCGAUACUAAACCAACUACCAGAAAAGAAGAAGGACCCUGGAUGUCCUACCAUCGACUGCUCCAUUGGGACACAUCACUUCGAGCAUGCACUGUGCGACUUGGGAGCAAGUGUCAGUGUCAUGCCAAAGGUAAUAUUUGAUAAACUAACCCAUGCUGUUUUGUCCCCUACAUCAAUACAUUUGCAGUUAGCGGAUCAGUCAAUUCGCCAUCCUGCGGGGGUAGCUGAGAAUAUCCCCGUAAAGAUACGCGAGUUCCUGGUCCCUGUGGAUUUCGUGGUACUCGACAUGGAGGUGGAUGAAAAGACUCCACUUAUCCUGGGAAGACCAUUUCUCAGCACUGCUAAUGCACAUAUUGACGUUGGAGCCGGAGAAAUUCAAUUUACAAUCAAUGGGGCCCAGGAGAAGUUCAACUUCAAACCAAAGGUAGUGCAAUGCUCACUAAUCUUGGCAGUGGAUGUGGCAACCGUCACAUUCAUAACUAGGCCAAAGAAAAAGACCAAUCCAACGCCAAGAGCAAAGAGCAAGAAAAUAUGGAAGAAGAAGGUAAUACAACCGAUGACACCUCCGAAGAAAAUUUCUGUAUCAACUCAAGGAGGAGGUCCUGUUCUAAGGACCUGA